UAAAGCACAGACCAUACAGAAGACUUCAGUUCAAAAUGCUUCUAAUUUCUCCGCAAUUGAGGAGCCUUAAACUGAGGUGUUCUCGCUUCACCGUGCCAGACUUUACAAUAAGCAUUCUGGUCCUUAUCGUUAAUGUUUGUGCUUCGUCCUAUGUGGUCCCUGGUGCAACUACUGGGGCAGAGACUGCAGUUUGUCCUCCGCAGCCUGACGAAACUCUGCCUUUCCAAAAGUGGAAGCAGCAAGAAGGAGAAGGAGUCAUCGAAUCCUGCGCAAGUGUACAAGGACCUAUACAGUAUGACUCUGAGACAGACCGACGAGGAUACGCCGUUGGCCGUAGUGAGCCAUUUACUGGACGUGCUGUCUAACGUCGAGUCUGUUCUGUCCCAGCACCAAGAGACGUCAAGAUGCUCAAAGGUUGCUCCUCCAUUCUACACACAUGCACGAUCACGACGUACACAAUACUGACGAAUUCGUACACACCAGGAUUUCCUCGAAUCAUCUGGCUUGCUUUCUGCACACGUUCCCAUAGGUCGUCGUCAUUGUUUAUGGGUGUUGCAUAAACGACGGACUUCGAGUGACCCCACAGAUGAAAGUCCAUUGGAGUCUGGUCCGAUGACCUCGUUGCCUUGCUACUGGGCCAC